UUGUGUCACUUGGGAAAAAAAAUUAUUUGCACCGAACGGCGACGUACGAUUUUUAUUGAAAAAGCAAUCAAAGAACAUUUUCUUAAAAACUUGCAAAUUGUAGCAGACGGAACGGAGGGGAUUGUGGAAUUAUUUUUAUUAAAGCAAGAGAAGCAAAUUGCUAAGUGCCAGAGCCCAAAAUCGAAACGAAUUGGUUGCCUGCAGAAUAGAAAAACCGAUUUUCAGUGCGUGUGUGUGUGAGCAGCAACAGCGGAAAAAAUGGCAGCGAGCGAUAAAUCGGUCGACGAUUCUCUAUACCCCAUUGCGGUUUUAAUUGACGAACUCAAGAACGAAGAUGUGCAGCUUCGACUUAACUCCAUCAAGAAGCUGUCCACCAUUGCUUUGGCUCUGGGCGAGGAGCGCACACGGUCCGAGUUGAUUCCCUUCCUCACCGAGACCAUCUACGAUGAGGAUGAGGUGCUGCUGGCCUUGGCCGAUCAAUUGGGCAAUUUUACAAGUCUUGUUGGCGGACCCGAGUUCGCCAUGUACUUGAUACCGCCCCUCGAGAGUUUAGCCACAGUGGAGGAGACUGUGGUGCGGGACAAGGCCGUAGAAUCUCUGCGCACAGUGGCCGCUGAGCACAGUGCAAAGGAUCUGGAGAUUCACGUUGUACCAACUUUGCAACGUCUGGUCUCCGGUGACUGGUUCACCUCGCGCACCUCCGCAUGCGGACUCUUUUCGGUCUGCUAUCCAAGGGUCACACAGCCGGUGAAGGCCGAGUUGCGCGCCAACUUCCGCAAGCUUUGCCAAGACGAGACGCCCAUGGUGCGCCGCGCUGCUGCCAACAAGCUGGGCGAGUUCGCCAAGGUCGUGGAGACCGAGUAUCUCAAGUCUGACUUGAUUCCCAACUUUGUGCAGCUGGCUCAGGAUGAUCAGGACUCCGUUCGCCUGCUGGCUGUGGAAGCUUGUGUGAGCAUUGCCCAGUUGCUGCCCCAAGACGAUGUGGAGCACUUGGUUCUGCCCACGUUGCGUCAGUGUGCCAGUGACUCUUCUUGGAGAGUGCGCUACAUGGUGGCCGAAAAGUUUGUCGACCUGCAAAAGGCCGUGGGACCGGAGAUCACUCGCGUGGAUUUGGUGCCCGCCUUCCAGUACUUGCUCAAGGACGCUGAGGCGGAGGUUCGUGCUGCCGUGGCCACCAAAGUUAAGGACUUCUGUGCCAACCUGGACAAAGUAAACCAGGUGCAAAUCAUCCUUAGUUCCAUUCUGCCGUACGUGCGCGAUCUGGUCACAGAUCCCAAUCCACAUGUCAAGUCCGCUUUGGCCUCUGUGAUCAUGGGCUUAAGUCCGAUGCUGGGCGCCUACCAAACUGUGGAGCAGUUGCUGCCCUUGUUCCUUAUCCAACUGAAGGACGAAUGCCCCGAAGUGCGUCUGAACAUCAUCUCGAACCUAGACUGCGUGAACGAUGUCAUCGGAAUCCAGCAGCUUUCGCAGUCGCUUCUGCCCGCUAUUGUUGAGUUGGCCGAGGACUCCAAGUGGCGCGUACGUCUUGCCAUCAUUGAGUACAUGCCCGCUUUGGCCGGUCAGCUGGGUCAGGAGUUCUUUGACCAGAAGCUGCGCGGUCUCUGCAUGGGAUGGCUCAACGAUCACGUUUACGCCAUUCGUGAGGCAGCCACUCUCAACAUGAAGAAGCUGGUCGAACAAUUUGGAGCAUCCUGGGCCGAGCAGGCUAUCAUUCCCAUGAUUCUGGUUAUGUCGAGGAACAAGAACUAUUUGCACAGAAUGACCUGCUUGUUCUGCCUGAACGUUUUGGCAGAGGUCUGCGGCACAGAUAUCACCACCAAACUGCUGCUUCCCACAGUCCUCCUGCUCGCCGCCGAUCCCGUCGCCAAUGUUCGCUUCAACGUGGCUAAGACCCUGCAGAAGAUCUCCCCCUUCCUUGAGGCCAGCGUUAUCGAUGCCCAAGUUAAGCCCACACUCGACAAACUGAACGCGGACACAGAUGUGGACGUUAAGCAUUUUGCUGCACAAGCCAUUGCCGGUAUAGCAGCAGAAUUGGAACUGAGUGUCUUUAGAACGGCAGUGCCGCCUUGCUUGGGUGCAAAAAUUGAGGCAGCAAUGGACUCGAAGCUGAUCGUGGAGCCGCCUUCACAGCCGUCGGCUGAUGAUGACAUCCUAGAGGAGAUGAACGGAAAGGCAGCGGCGGCGGCAGUGGCGGAGUCGCCGAAGGUUGAAUCGGAAUGUUAGAGGAUGAGUAGCCAACCAAAAGAAGUGUGAUGUGCCUCCCGCUGUCUCCAGCCAGUUCCGCUGCGAAAUGUGUUUAAUCCCCCUCGCCAUGAAACAUAUUUACAUCUGUUUGUUUGCUCAAGAUAACAUAGCUAGAUGUCUGACUAAAGUGCGAAUGCAGUGUGGACUAAGCCAUUACCUAUACUAAUUUUGUACCAUACUUUUCUGUCUCUUUCCCGGUAUCAUCUCCACCACGUGGCCGUGUAUAUUUCCCACACUGUGUGUUCGUUUGCAAUAAUAUAUUUGUAUAAUUGUUUACAGCGUAAUCAACCUUCUUGCAUCUUUUUUAUUCUAUUUU